AUGGAGAAUCUGAUUUAUAUUAUUUCCAUUCUUUCUCUCUUCUCUUCUAGAGUAGUAGCUCGUCUAAACGACAACGGUUUGGAAGAGGUUAGGGUUGGAUUGGUGGUGGACUUGAGUUCUAUAGAAGGAAAGAUCCUGGAAACAUCUUUUUCCUUAGCGCUUUCAGAUUUCUAUGGCAACAAUAAGGGAUAUAGAACUAGAGUCACUCUUUCCUCCAGAGACUCCCAAGGAGACCCGAUCCUUGCCCUUGCCGCCGCUACGGAUCUUCUCCAUACAGCAAAAGUGGAAGCCAUUGUUGGUGCACAAUCACUACAGGAGGCUAGGCUUUUGGCGGCGAUUAGCGAGAAAUCUAAAGUUCCGGUCAUUUCUACUUUCGUACCACACACGUUAUCUCUGAACAAAUACGAUCAUUUUAUUCAGUUGACGCACGGCACGAGGUCAGAGGCUAAGGGGAUUACGAAACUCAUACAUGGUUUCAACUGGGACUCGGUCGUGGUUAUAUACGAAGAUGUUGAUGAUUGGAGAGAGGGUUUGCAAAUACUGGUGGAUCAUUUCCAAGAUGACGGAAUCCACAUCGAUCUUACUACUUCUUUCGACGAAUCAUCAUUAGGAACAGAUUACAUGGUGUAUCAGCUACGGAAGCUCAAGUCCUUGAGAGCAGCCGUUUUUGUGGUACAUAUGUCUGAGGUUCUUGUUUCUCGUCUCUUCCGAUGUGCAGAGAACUUAGGAAUGAUGGAAGAAGGAUAUGCUUGGAUCCUCACUGCAAGAACCAUGAAUCAUUUUCAUCACUUGGAUCAUUUUGUAGUUAGGUCAAUGCAAAGGGUCAUUGGUUUCAGAUCCUACAUUCCAGAAUCAGAAGAACUUUCGAAUUUUACUUCAAGAUUGAGAAAAAUAAUGGUUGAUGAAACAACCGCAGGGAUGGAAACAAAGCAUUUUAGUGUUGUCAUCAGCGUAUGGGCACACGAUAUUGCUUGUAUUCUAGCAACUGCAGUAGAGAAGAUAUUUGUAAGAGCCUCUGAUGCUGCUAUAGACAAAGUAUCAAAUAUCCGUGAGACAAUUAGACAUAGUAGAUUUAAGGGUUUGAGUCAUGGUGACAUCCAAAUCACUAGCAAUAGAUUUCUCUCAGGAACAUUUGAGAUUAUGAAUAUUGUAGGAACUAGGGAGGGAAGAAUAGGAUUAUGGACUUGUGGGGAUUUCUGCAGAAUGAGAGGCAUCGUGGCUUCUACUACUAAUGAACUUGAGACCAUAAUCUGGCCUGACGAGUCGGAUAAAAUACCGAGACACCGUUUUUUGACAGAGAAUGUUGAAAGGAAGCGGCUUAGGGUCCUAGUUACCACAAGAAACUGGUUCCCACAUCUGGUGGCGAUGCGUGCUAAUACUUUUACUGGGUUCUGCAUAGAGGUUUUCAAGACUUCAAUGGAACCAUUCAACUAUGAACUAGAAAUCAUACCUUAUGAUGGAAAUGACUACGACGAACUUGCUUAUACCUUAUUUAAUAAGAGAGACAAAUAUCAUGCAGCUGUUGGUGACAUUACCAUCACUUUUAACAGAUCUUUCUAUGUUGAUUUUACGUUGCCUUACACUGAUAUGGGUAUUGGAGCCCUGGAACUAAAGAAAACGAGAAAGAGCAUGUGGACAUUCUUUGAUCCUUUUGAUAAAUCCUUGUGGCUAGCAAGUGGAGCUUUCUUCAUGCUGACUGGCUUUGUUGUUUGGUUAGUUGAACGGACAGUUAAUCCUGAAUUCCAGGGCUCUUGGGGACAUCAACUUUGUAUGAUGCUUUGGUUUGGGUUUUCUACCCAUGUGUUUGCUCACAGGGAGAAACUGCAAACAAUGUCAUCAAGAUUCCUAGUCAUAGUUUGGGUUUUUGUGGUGUUGAUAUUGACUGCAAGUUACAGCGCGAAUUUGACAUCAACCAAGACUAUUUCUCGCAUAGCUUUAAGUCAGUUGUUUAUCAACCCUGCGAUAAGUAGAUCUUUUAGAAUGAACAUUUUAAAUACCUUUGCGGACUAUGCACAAGCUUUAAGGAAUGGAACUCUUAAUUUUCUUGUCGAUGAGAUACCAUACCUCAGUAUCCUUCAGGGACAUUAUGAGGAUGAAUUCGACUUGAUAGCUAGAGAGAGUACAAUUAGCAAUGGCUUUGGGUUUAUGUUUUAGAAGGGUUCGGGUUUGGCUCCUCAAGUGUCAAGAGAAAUCACAAAACUAAGGUCAUCAGGAGGGCUGAAAGACAUGGAAAAAAGAUGGUUCCAAAAGUUGGAUUCCUUUACUGUAGAUCCAAACACUCCCUCGUCUCAAUACGACGAUGCGUCUAAGCGCCUCACCAUCCGAGAGUUGGGCGGUUUGUUCAUCAUUGCGGGAGUUGCUCAUGCUCUUGUACUAGCCCUACAUCUCUUUCAUAUGCGUCAACAUAUAUCACAACUAUUCACCAAACUGCAAAGCUUUUUAAAGUAAAGCAAGAUUCAUCAUUUAAUCAGCUCCAGUAGCUUUCGAUUGGGAGAGGAUUUCCUAAGUUACAAGAACAACAAUGUACAUAUGUAAAAUUUUCCAUAAAUGUCACAUGUAAUAUUCAGUUUUUUUUUGGAUAAAAUUCACAUGUAAUA